AUGCUCAAGUCACAACAAAGUCAUUUAAAGCUGGCUAUGCAACAGAUUGAGAAGCAACAUGAGGAGCGUUUAAAGAAUCAUGCUCAAAGCUUUGAAUACGAGGUUACGAAAAUUCAUGAUGUUGCAAAGGAAUAUUAUGCGAUUUUUGUAGAACAGGUCAAAAAGGUUGAGGAGUUUGUAAAUCUUAAAGUUGAUAAGUUGAAGUCAAAAAUGCCGAAGAAGGUUGACAAGCUUAAGAAGAAUUACUCCACUCUUCAUGGAAUGGUGAAUGUUAUUGUUGAUAUGAUCACAAAGCUUGUGGUGUAUCACAAUUCAUUCUCACCCAAGCUUGACACUAAUACAGAUCAAGAUUUGAAGGUGUUUAAAAAACUGGAGGAGUUUCUGGAAAGUUUGAAGGAGUAUGUGUUGAAGAUUGAUCUUCUUCAUUAG